GCCAGCAGCAGGACCAGAGGGCGCCCCGUUCCCCAGCAUGGCCCCCUUGGCCUGGGCUAUCUGCUGCCUUGUGGGGAGCCUCUUGCUCCAGGAGGGCAGUGCCAGCAUGCCCCGCCUGCGGCUCUCCUACCGAGACCUUCUGUCUGCCAAUCGUUCUGCCAUCUUUCUUGGGUCCCGAGGUUCCCUGGACCUCCAGGCCAUGUACCUUGAUGAGUACCGGGACCGCCUCUUUCUGGGGGGCCGUGAUGCCCUCUACUCUCUGCGGCUGGACCAGGCAUGGCCAGAUCCCCGGGAGGUCCCAUGGCCACCGCAGUCAGGACGGAGGGAGGAAUGCAUUCGAAAGGGAAGAGAUCCUUCGACGGAGUGUGACAACUUUGUGCGUGUGCUGCAAACCUACAACAGGACCCACCUGCUGGCAUGUGGCACUGGGGCCUUCCAGCCCACCUGCGCCCUCAUCACAGUUGGGCACCGUGGGGAGCAUGUGCUCCACCUGGAACCCUACACUGUGGAAGGUGGACGGGGACGGUGCCCGCACGAGCCCAGCCGUCCCUUCGCCAGUACCUUUGUAGGUGGGGAACUGUACACAGGCCUCACUGCCGACUUCUUGGGGCGCGAGGCCAUGAUCUUCCGAAGUGGCGCUCCCCGGCCAGCUCUGCGUUCAGACUCUGAUCAGAAUCUCCUGCAUGAUCCUCGGUUUGUCUUGGCCGCACGGAUCCCUGACAACUCUGACCAGGACAAUGACAAGGUGUACUUCUUUUUCUCGGAGACUGUCCCUUCGCCCGAUGGUGGCCCAGGCCAUGUCACCGUCAGCCGUGUGGGCCGAGUCUGUGUGAAUGAUGCUGGUGGUCAGCGUGUGCUGGUGAACAAAUGGAGCACCUUCCUCAAGGCCAGGCUGGUCUGCUCCGUGCCCGGCCCUGGAGGUGCCGAGACCCACUUUGACCAGCUGGAGGAUGUGUUCCUGCUGUGGCCCAAGGCAGGCAAGAACGUCGAGGUGUACGCACUGUUCAGCACCGUCAGUGCUGUGUUCCAGGGCUUCGCUGUCUGUGUGUACCACAUGGCAGACAUCUGGGAGGUUUUCAACGGGCCCUUUGCCCACCGAGAUGGUCCUCAGCACCAGUGGGGGCCCUACGGGGGCAAGGUGCCCUUCCCCCGUCCCGGCGUGUGCCCCAGCAAAAUGACUGCAAAACCAGGACGACCUUUUGGCAGCACCAAGGAUUACCCAGACGAGGCACUGCAGUUCGUCAGAGCCCACCCUCUCAUGUUCCACCCUGUGCGGCCGCGGCGUGGCCGGCCUGUCCUCAUCAAGACCAACCUGGCCCAGCUGCUGCGGCAGAUCGUGGUGGACCGUGUAGAGGCAGAGGAUGGGACCUACGAUGUCAUUUUCCUGGGGACGGACUCAGGCUCUGUGCUCAAGGUCAUGGCUCUGCAGGCAGCAGGCUCAGCUGAGCCUGAGGAGGUUCUUCUGGAGGAGCUGCAGGUGUUUAAGGUGCCAACGCCCAUCACUGAGAUGGAGAUCUCUGUCAAAAGGCAAAUGCUGUAUGUGGGCUCUCAGCUGGGUGUGGCCCAGCUGCGGCUGCACCAGUGUGAGACCUAUGGCAGAGCCUGUGCGGAGUGCUGCCUAGCCCGGGACCCCUACUGUUCCUGGGAUGGUGCCUCCUGCACCCGAUAUCGCCCCAGCCUGGGCAAGCGCCGCUUCCGCCGGCAGGACAUCCGGCAUGGCAACCCUGCCACACAGUGCCUGGGCCAGAGCCAGGAUGAGGAGGCUUCAGGACUGACGGCCUCCAGGGUCUAUGGCACGGAGCACAAUAGCACCUUCCUGGAGUGCCUGCCCAAGUCUCCCCAGGCUGCUGUGCGCUGGUUCUUGCAGAGGUCAGAGGACAAGGGGCCUGACCAGGUGAAGACAGAUGAACGAGUCCUACAAACAGAGCAGGGGCUGCUGUUCCGCAGACUCAGUCGUCUUGAUGCCGGCACCUAUACCUGCACAACGCUGGAGCACGGCUUCUCCCAGACUGUGGUCCGUCUGGCUCUGGAGGUGAUUGCAGCAGCACAGCUGGACAGCCUGUUCCCUAGAGAGCCGAGGCUGGAGGAGCCCCCCACCCGGGGAGGCCUGGCCUCUGCCCUGCCCAAGGCCUGGUAUAAAGACAUCCUGCAGCUCACUGGCUUUGCCCACCUGCCCCAGGUGGAUGAGUACUGUGAGCGCGUGUGGUGCAGAGGCGCCGGGGAGCGUUCAGGCUCUUUCCGAAGCCAGGGAAAGCAGGCCAAGGGCAAAAGCUGGGCAGGACUGGUACUGGGCAAGAAGGUAAAGAGUCGGGGUCAGGCUGAGCGCAACCGGACGCCUCGGGAGGUGGAGGCCACAUAAAAGGGCCCGUGAGGCGGGUGUCAGGAUGGGCUGGGAACCUGGCAGCAACUUCCAGCAUCUUCUGCCCACCCAGCUAAGACAGAGGGGGCCAGGAUGCCUGAUUGCCUCUUAGGGACUCACAAGAAAGACUGGUGGCCUGAG